AUGGUGCUUGUAGGCUAUAGCACAAAGAUUGCAUCAGAUCCUCAGGCCAAAGUCCCCCCUACAACUUCAGAAUCCCCAGAGGCCUCCCAGCCUCCUGCCGCUGCUGUUCUUCCAGUCAGUUACAACCUUUCCAACACCCGCUUGGCAUUCUUCCUGAGAGAGACGCGGCCGAUAUCGAGAGGAAACAAUCUCCUUGGCUUGACCCGGUCGGAGCCAUUCGUUGUGUUCCAAACCAAGAAGCUGCCUGUGCUCAAUGUCUCUUUGGGGCCGUUCAACUCAGGCCUGGUGCUACCCAAAGAGCUGCUGCAGCCCUCAAGCACUCUGGAGAUACCAGAACGCCUGACAGUGAACUGGAAAGUACGGGCUUUCAUCGUUGGCACACGGGUGCCAGCCAACCAACCCACAGCCCAGGUGCUGUUCUAUGUGGCCGGACGUGACUGGGAUGAUUUCGACGUGACCGAGCGGCUGCCCUGCGUGCGGCUCCAUGCCUUCCGUGAGGCCCGUGAGGUCCGAGCCUCUUGCCGUCUCCGGGGCAGCCUGGCCACCUGCCUUGCCCAAGCUGAGCUGCCUCAAGCUUGGUUUGGACCCGCUGCUGUCCCCUUGGGGCGGAGGAAAGUGGUGGAGGACAUUGAACCAGCUGGAGACGUACAGCAAGCAGAACUCUAUUACACGCUCCACGCCCCCGAUGCAACAGGGGAGUGUGGGAGCGAACCAAUGGGACGGAGAGGAGGGGGCGGGGCGCGGAUCGAAGGUCCCACCCAGCACCCUCUCCUGCGCAUUGGUAGUCUGAGGCUGGUUCAGCCGCCGGCCACCCAGCCCUUGCAGGAGCAGCGUCUGGAUGACAGCAUCUUCAUCCGCCUACCUGAGAAACCUCUCAAACCAGGCGAGGUGCUCAGUGUCACCCUGUACCUGAUGGGCAACUCAACAGUUGAGCACUUCAUGCUUAGGGUGAAGGCCAAAAAGGGGGUGAACCUGCUCAAAACCAGAUCCAGUCACCACGAGUGGCUCGUGAAUUCAGAAUUUCAGACGGGCAGCAAACACUCCACUUCAACGGUCGAAGUCGCAUGGAUUGGUGGAAUUUUGCCCAGGGACCAGGACUCGCCCUACGAGAUCAUGCAGCUGGACUUUGAAAUGGAGAACUUCACCAGCCAAUCCGUGACUCGACGCAUCAUGUGGCAUAUAGACUAUCGGGGCAGAAACCCACCGCCCGAUCUGGAGAAGGCUGUGACUGAACUGACAGUAAUUCAGAGGGACAUCCGUGCCAUCCUUGCCCUGGCCAUGGAUACAGAAAUCAUCAACACAGCUAUCCUCACAGGACGGACAGUUGCCAUCCCCGUGAAGGUCAUCGCCAUAGAGAUGACAGGAGUUAUCUUGGAUAUUUCAGCAAUGGUCAAAUGCAAGUCCAGCAAUGAGGAUAUUAUCAAGGUGUCCAGUAGCUGUGACUAUGUCUUUGUGAGCGGCAAGGAGUCCAGGGGGUCCAUGAAUGCAGGUGUCUUCUUCAGCUACGAGCACCUCAGUGCUCUCUUGGAGAUGACUGUGUGGGUCCCCAAACUCCCUCUUCAUAUUGAGCUGUCUGACCCACGCCUCAGCCAAGUGAAAGGAUGGAGAGUCCCCAUCUUACCUGAUCGCAGGUCCAUACGGGAGAGUGACGAUGAGGAGGAGGAAGAAGAGCGGAGGCAGAGCAGGGGCUGCACCCUUCAGUACCAGCAUUCCACCUUGCAAGUGUUCACCCAGUUCCACACCACCUCCUCGGAGGGCACCGAUCAGGUGGUCACCAUGUUGGGUCCCGAGUGGAUGGUGGAGGUCACAGACCUGGUCAGUGACUUCAUGAAGGUCGACAACCCACGCGUGGCACACAUGGUCAACAGCAAAACACUAGCUGGCAGGGAGCCAGGCGCUACCUUGUUCAAGGUAGUUUCUCCACUUAUGGAAGCUGUCCUUGGUGAGACACCAGUGACUGUGGUUGAUGAGAAGGUUACCAUUGUGGAAUUGAAAGCUCAGGUGGUCUCAAACCUCUCCCUUUCCCUUCAUGCUAGCCCUGGAAAUAGCCAUACCAUUGUGGCCAAGACAACAGCUCAGCAGACCCUCAAUUUCUCCAAGCAGGAAGCUCUGCUCAGCCUCUGGGUGUCGUACAGCGAUGGCACAAUUGCUCCCCUCUCUUUGUACGACCCAAAGGAUUACACACUGGUGGUGACAAGCCAGGACAAGUCAGUGAUAUCGGUGGUGCCCGAGCGGACCUUCUCACUAGUGAGGGCUGAAGGAGAAGGGUCCGGCGAGCUGAUCAAAGCUGACCUGCUGAUUUGCGAGAGCUGCCAGAAGACCAAACGCAAGAGUGUGCUGGCCACCACGUUGGCCAAUGUCCGUGUGCAUUUCAGCUCCGAGGAGGAACCUACUUAUGACUAUGAGCCUGUCCAAACUCCUAGCAGACCCGGACGGGAGAAGAGUGUGCCUCGCACCACGCCACGGGUGGAAGUAGAGUGGCCGCUGGUGCCAAGUCAGGAGAGUUGGGCACCCAGCGUCAUCCUUCCAACGGAGGACUUCCCACCCAUUCCCACUGGCUUCGUGCAAGUCUCCCGGGGACUCACAGACCUGGAAAUAGGCAUGUACGCCCUGCUCGGUGUCUUCUGUUUAGCCAUUCUGGUGUUCCUUAUUAAUUGUAUUGUCUUUGUACUCAAGUACCGGCACAAACGGAUCCCGCCAGAAGGACAAACCAACAUGGACCACUCCCACCACUGGGUCUUCUUGGGAAACGGACAACCGCUGCGGGCCCAGAAUGAUCUAUCUCCUCAGCCUGAGAGCCCAGGCAACCCACUGGAGAAUGUGCAGACAUGCUGCCAUGGGGACCACCACAGCAGCGGCUCCUCGCAAACCAGUGUGCAGAGUCAGGUUCACGGGCGGGGGGAUGGCUCUUCCGGGGGCUCCACCAGGGACCAGAGCGAGGACCCGCUCAAUUCUCCCACUUCCAAGCGCAAGCGGGUCAAAUUUACUACCUUUGCCACCAUGCCCUCCGAGGAACUGGCCUAUAAUUCAAUUCCUAUAGCGGAUGAAGAGGACUUGGAGUGGGUCUGUCAAGACAUAGGUUUGCAGGAGCCCGAGGAGCUGCACAACUACAUCCACAGGAUCAAGGAGAUUGCAUAA